AUGGCGGCGGCAGGAGGACCAGCGGCGGCGGCGGCGGCUGCUGCUGCUGGAGAUCACAUCGCCUCCUCGGGAGGAUUAUCUUCGGGGAACGAAGCCGCCGCCGCCGCCGCAGUUGUCGCCUCUGGAGCAGCGCCCGCCGAAGGCGCUCCGAGCCCGAAGCCUUCGCGGUACGGCAGCGGCGCUGCACCGGUGCUCGUCGCGCGGCUCCCCACCGGAGACAGCGGCGGCGGAGGCGGCCAGAGGGAGUCGCGCUCAGACUGGAAGCGGAAGCAGCUGCGCAAAGUGCGGAGCGUGGAGCUGGACCGGCUGCCGGAGCCCGCCGAGUUCGCGGAGCUGCCCCUUUGCCUCACCAGGAUCGCCGGGGGAGCCACGUCCUCCUCCUCCUCCGCCCCCCAGCCCUUGGCCCCGGCGCCGCGCUCCACCCCCGGCAGCCCCGCGUCCUCCCCCAGCCGCGGCGGCUUCCUCAGCGCCGGCUCCCACGACCCGCCGCAGCCGGACGUCGGCAGCCAAGCGGCGGGAGCUGGCGUCGCCCAGAGGAUCCCGGAGUUCCUGCCGCCGCCGCUACCCCCCACUUCAGCCGGAGCUGGGUAUUGUCAGGAGAGUCCUGGACCAUUUCUCUUUUUCUGGCUCUGUUACAGGAACUUCAGCAAUUUGCUUGCUUUCUCCAGAUUAUCAUCCUGUUCAAACUUGGCACACAAACAACUUGUAUCCUCACUCCAUCUAGGAAGCUGUAGUCGUGACAUGGAGAAUAAAGAAACCCUCAGGGGAUUGCAGAAAAUGGAUGAUCGCCCAGAGGAGCGAAUGAUCAGGGAAAAACUCAAGACCACAUGUAUGCCCGCUUGGAAGCAUGAAUGGCUGGAAAGAAGAAGUAGGAGAGGCCCUGUGGUGGUAAAACCAAUACCAAUGAAAGGAGAUGGCUGUGAAGCAAACAAAUCAGUAACAGAACCUCCUCCUGAUGGACAAACAAAUCCCACUUCACCUACUCAGAAAGGGAGACGGAGCCCUUCUCCGAGUGGACCCAUCUCAUCUUCCUCCAGGACUGUUAAAUCUGAGUCACCUGGUGUUAGAAGGAAAAGGGUGUCUCCUGUACCUUUUCAGAGUGGACGUAUAACACCCCCACGAAGAGCACCGUCUCCAGAUGGCUUCUCACCAUAUAGUCCUGAGGAAACAAAUCGUCGUGUCAACAAAGUCAUGAGAGCUAGAUUGUAUCUCUUGCAACAGAUAGGACCCAAUUCUUUCUUGAUAGGGGGAGACAGCCCAGAUAAUAAAUACAGAGUGUUCAUUGGUCCUCAGACAUGUAGCUGUGGCCGUGGAACAUUUUGCAUUCAUCUGCUGUUUGUUAUGCUUAGAGUGUUUCAACUUGAAUCUUCAGAUCCAAUGCUGUGGAGAAAAACCUUAAAGAACUUUGAGGUUGAGAGUUUGUUCCAGAAAUACCACAGUAGGCGUAGUUCAAGGAUCAAAGCGCCAUCUCGUAACACCAUUCAGAAGUUUGUCUCACGCAUGUCAAACUCUCAUACACUGUCAUCUUCUAGUACAUCUACAUCUAGUUCAGAAAAUAGUAUCAAGGAUGAAGAAGAACAGAUGUGCCCCAUUUGUUUGCUAGGCAUGUUGGAUGAGGAAAGCUUAACUGUCUGUGAAGAAGGCUGCAGAAAUAAACUUCACCAUCAUUGCAUGUCAAUAUGGGCAGAGGAAUGUAGAAGAAACAAGGAGCCUCUUAUAUGCCCCCUUUGUAGAUCUAAGUGGAGAACACAUGAUUUCUAUAGUCAUGAAUUGCCAAGCCCUGUUGAUUCUCCUUCGAUUGUUUGUGUGGUCCAGCAACAAACUCAGCAACCUGUAACUGGUUCACCAAGGAGGAAUCAAGAAAGCAAUUUUAACCUUACUCAUUAUGGGGUCCAGCAAAUUCCUUCUGCCUAUAAGGACCUAGCUGAGCCAUGGAUUCAGGUAUUUGGAAUGGAAUUAGUAGGUUGCCUGUUUUCUCGAAACUGGAAUAUACGUGAAAUGGCCCUUCGACGUCUCUCCCAUGAUGUUAGUGGUGCUCUAUUAUUGGCUAAUGGUGAAAGCACUGGAAAUUCUGGAAGCAGCAGUGGAAACACAAGUCCUGGAAAUCUAGGGGCAGCUAAUGGGUCAUCCCAGACAAAUAUCUCAGGAGAUGUUGUUGUGGAAUCCUGCUGCAGUGUCCUUUCUAUGGUUUGUGCUGACCCUGUCUACAAAGUGUAUGUUGCUGCUUUAAAAACAUUAAGAGCCAUGCUGGUAUAUACUCCCUGCCAUAGCCUAACAGAGAGGACAAAACUGCAACAGCUUUUGAAACCAGUUGUAGAAACCAUAUUGGUGAAAUGUGCAGAUCCCAACAGCCGCACAAGUCAACUUUCGGUUUCAACAUUGAUGGAGAUGUGCAAAGGUCAAGCAGGAGAGUUGGCAAUUGGUCGAGAAAUACUUAAGUCUGGGUCCAUUGGCAUUGGGGGUAUUGAUUUUGUCUUAAAUUGCAUCCUUGGGACACAAUCUGAAUCAAGCAACUGGCAAGCAUUACUUGGACGUCUUUGUCUUAUAGAUCGAUUGCUGUUAGAAUUUCCUGGUGAAUUUUAUCCCCACAUUGUUAGUGGAGAUAUCUUACAAGCUGAUGCUAUUGUUGACAGGUAUGAAAAGCUGUUAUCUCUACUGAGCUUUGCGCUGCGGUCAAUUGACAAUUCCCAUUCGAUGGUGGGCAAAUUGUCCCGGAGAAUAUUUUUAAGUGCUGCCAGAAUGGUUGCAAGAGUACCCCAAGUAUUUGUAAAACUGUUAGAAAUGUUGAGCAUGACAAGCUCAAUACAUCAUACAAGAAUGCGUCGGCGAUUGAUGGCUAUAGCAGACGAAAUGGAAAUUGCAGAAGCCAUCCAGUUAGGCAUGGAGCAAAUGCAUUCUGGGGAAUGCAGGCAUGAAUUUGCACAGCCUUCAGUUCCUGAUAACUCUCCAGAGACGACGGAGAAUACUACUCCAAGUAACACAAUUCAGUUAACAAGUAAAAGUGGGAAAGGACUAGAUAGUAAAAAGCGAACUGCUACGCCGGAGGACUUUUCUGACAUGAUGGCUGGUAUUUCAUUGGGACUUCCUGUUACGGCAGGAACAAUGGAACAACCAAAGCCAGCCAUUCAAACGAAGAGCAGAUCCCCUGGUCAAUGCUUGAACUCUUCUCUCUCACCCUGUCAUUCCCAAACCAUAUUCCCCAUUUUACCUUCCCCCUCUACCCCGUCUGCACCUGCAGGAACUGAUAUUCCUAAACUCAGAUCUCAGGGAUUUGUUCCCUGUAAAAUACCUUCGGCUUCUCCUCAAAUGCAGCGGAAGCUCUCUCUCCAGAUUCAAAGAAACUGUGCUGAACAAAAAGAAUUGGAAAAGCUUUCCCCUGUUUUUACCCAGGCCAGGCCUCUGCCAUUCAGUCAUAUACAUAGGCCAAAGCCAUCUCGACCUAAGCCGUGUGAUGUGAAUAAACAGGGGGAAACCUCCAAAACUAGCAUGUCACUCAAUUUAAAUGACGUAUCACAGUGCGAUAAUAGUAUUAGUACAGCUAUACCAAGUGAAGAGACUGUUUUCACCCCAGUGGAAGAAAAGCACAGCCAACUGGAUAUUAAUGCAGAACUCAGUUCUAGUAUGGAAGACUUACUUGAAGCUCCAGCCAGUGACGGAACUGUUACGUUCAAGUCUGAAGUGGCUGUCUUGUCUCCUGAGCGUGCAGAAAAUGAUAACACAUAUAAAGACGAUGUAAAUCAUAAUCAGAAAUGCAAGGAAAAGAUGGAAGCUGAAGAAGAGGAAGCUUUAGCUAUUGCCAUGGCCAUGUCAGCAUCUCAGGAUGCUCUCCCAACAGUUCCUCAGCUUCAAGUUGAAAAUGGUGAAGAUAUCAUAAUAAUUCAACAGGAUACACCAGAAACCCUGCCUGGGCAUACCAAAGCAAAGCACCAUUACAGGGAAGACAAUGAAUGGCUUAAAGGUCAACAGAUAGGCCUUGGAGCUUUUUCUUCUUGCUAUCAAGCUCAGGAUGUUGGCACUGGGACAUUAAUGGCGGUGAAACAGGUAAAAAAGAUGUUCAUGAAUAUUUUGAAAGCAUUUGCUGAAUUAAUAUUUGGAAAAAAGAAAACUGCAAAAAACCACUCAUUGGAUGUGCUGGAUUUGGUGAAUGACCAUAUGAUUUGUUUCAUAAGUGCUGAGACUCAUUUUUCAGGAGGAUCUGUUGCUCAUUUGUUAGGUAAAUAUGGAGCCUUUAAAGAGUCUGUAGUUGCCAACUACACAGAACAGUUGCUUCGUGGCCUGGCUUAUCUUCAUGAAAAUCAGAUCAUUCACAGAGAUGUCAAAGGUGCCAACUUGUUAAUUGAUAGCACAGGUCAUAGGCUAAGAAUUGCUGAUUUUGGAGCUGCAGCUAGAUUGGCAUCAAAAGGAACUGGUGCUGGAGAAUUUCAAGGACAGUUAUUGGGGACGAUUGCAUUUAUGGCACCAGAGGUGUUAAGAGGCCAACAGUAUGGCAGAAGCUGUGAUGUGUGGAGUGUCGGCUGUGCUAUUAUAGAAAUGGCUUGCGCUAAGCCUCCCUGGAACGCAGAGAAACAUUCCAAUCAUCUUGCUUUGAUAUUUAAGAUUGCUAGUGCAACUACAGCUCCAACAAUCCCACUGCAUUUGACUCCAGGCUUAAGGGAUGUGGCACUUCGAUGUUUGGAGCUCCAACCUCAGGACAGACCCCCAGCAAGGGAGUUGUUAAAACACCCUGUCUUUCGCACUAUGUGGUAGUUGUAGAAAACUGGGGAUACACUGAACUUGAUGCUACUGAAAAUAUAAAGUGCUGGUCUUCCUGUGCAGGUUUGCAUAGCAAUGUGUAUUAAUUGCUUUGCCGGCCUUAAUUAUAUGUUUUGAGGACUUGAGGUCAGUAGAGGACCUAUAUGUAUGUGACUGACAAAUCGAGAUCUUGACAUAAGUUCAAUAUGUGUAACAUUUCACAAAUUGUGCAGAAAUAUGUAAACUGUGCCUUUCUCAAAGAUGUGUCUGUUCAUGAACAGAGAAGCAAUUCCUCUUUUAGAUCUGCAUGAUUAUUUAGUGGAAAACGUGAUUUUUAAAAAACUUUAUUUUAAAGCAUUUCUUCAGCGAUAUUAGCAUUUGAGUGGCUAAAAAGCCAUUUAAAAACUUAUCACUGUGUUGUUGUUUUUCAGAACAUGCAAAUUCCAACAAUCAAUUUUAAAGAAAGUUCGUGUCUAUAUUAUGGUGAAACUUGUUCUUUAUGUGGAAAAAGAAAAUUUGGAAAAAGAAAAUCACCUUUGCCUGCUUUAGUCACUAAGUAUGGCAGCUGUGGUUGACUUGCUUACUAUUAGUCUUGUAACUGUCCUUUGGAAGUUACCACUGUGUAGUUUCAUUUUAUCUUUUCUUCACAUUCAGGGAAAAAUGUUUUUAAAAGAAACCCAAGUAGCUAGAAUUAAGUUCAAGCUAAUUAUUGCUGGACAGCUUACUGAAAAGAAUAUGGUUAAAAUUGGUUUGAAACCUGCUAUAAAAUGCUGCCCCUGAGUCAGUGUUUUUAACAAGAUGUGUUAUUGGGGUAGGAGUGCACAAGUUUUUUUGAAUAACAGAACUUCAUAGCCAAGGACCAAGUGAAUGUUCUGUUUUGAAGCCCUUUUUAAUAUCACAGCUCAUGGUAACAUUGUGGUAGAAAGGAGUAUUGUGUCAUACUGCCUUCUGAUACCCAAUUUCUCUUCUAUUUAAAGCUGAAGCUUUAAAUUCAGCCUUACUCUUAGCAUUGCAUUAUGUUUGCUGUUUUUCCUGCUGUUUUCCUUAUGCCAUUUGUCAUCUUUUUACUGGGGCUGUGCUCUGACUUGGUGUGAACCCAUUCAGAUAAGGAGAAAUACAUCAUGGGCACUUGUAAAGAGUCGUGCCUGAAACCCCCAGAAACAAUUCCUACGAACUGUGACUUUAUCCCCACAUUAACAGCCUUCCCUGAAAAUAGAAUCCUAUUUUAAUUAAAACAAAAAACAGGAGAAGACAUUAUUGCUUAUUUAGGUGUCUUCCCUUAAAAACAAGUGGAGGGGUUCUAAAAUUGGGAAUGAGUCAGUGGGCAUGACAUUGCAGCUACAGACGACAAGCCGAUCGUAUGGCCUUGAAGCAUGUUCCUUGCACAGCCCCUUCAUUUACAAUUUGGAUUAUGGCAGGGUGGUAAUACGAAAAAUAAAUACAUAAAAGUUGACAAUUAAGUUAUUGGGAACUAUCUUUUAAAAUGGAAAAGAGCCAUUUAAAAAGUUGUGUUUAAAUUUUUAUGCAAUGAAAUUAAAUAGCCUUGAAAUAUUUUUGCACCAAGAAUGCAGAACUUUUAAAAAAAAAAGUGCCAUUGAUGAUUUCAAUGGCAGGUUUUUAAAUUCUGAUGAAUGGGAUAUUGAAGGAAAAUGGCAGCUCUUCUUUUACUUUCUGGCAAUUUUUUUGAAGUAAAGUUUUGAUUGUGUUUAAUCAACUUCUGUUAAAAAUAACUGUUCCAAUUUUAACUCUUCAGAAGCCAGUUGAAAUAUUGAUCAGAAAUUGGUUAUGAUCAAAGGCUCAGGACAAACUUGAUAAGCUAUAAUACUGUACAAUUAAGGCAAUGUACAAUUUUUUAAAAUUGGAAACAAAGUUAAUGGAGGUUUACACAAUGACCAUUGCUAAAGUUAAUCAAGAGCAAUGUCAUUAAAGAUGGAUGUGUAUUUCUUCUUGAAAUGUUACAUUCCUUUGCUUUUUUAUUAUUAUUAUUGGGAGACUUUGAAGAGUUAAAAAAAUCUAAAUGUGAAGUUUUGUAGCUUUGUUUGUAUUUGACUUGUUUCUUGACAUUUUAGAAUUUGUCUUUAUUCCAAUCAUAUUGUUUUUACGUUUCUUCUGUGCAAGCUUUAAAGGAUGCACUCUUGCCAAUUCAUGUACUGGAAGAUCGCUUGUCAGAUAAAUACAAUUUUGGACUUAAAUGUCAAUUAUAUAAACUGACAAACCUCAAGCUAAUCAGUAUUAUCCUUCUAGAUCACCAUGUCUUUCACAUAUCAAACUUGGACCACCUCUAGUUGUCUAAAAGCAUUCUUUGAGUUUGUUUGCAUUUUCCUCUGCUUGCUGGUAAUUGUGUUUUUAAAUGCAGAUGUGAUGUAAUCUUAUUUUCUUUGGAUCAAAGCUGGACUGAAAAUUGUAUUAUGUAAUUAUUUUUGUGCUCUUAAUGUUAUUUGGUACCUAAGUUGUAAAUAACGUCUACUGCUGUUUAUUCCAGUUUCUACUACCUCAGGUAUCCUAUAGAUUUUCUUCUACCAAAGUUCACUUUCACAUUGAAAUUAUAUUUGCUAUGUGACUGAUUCCUAAGAGUUCCAGGGCUUAAGGGCUAACUUCUUAGCACCUUACUGUGCAAGUAAAUUUUAAAGAUCUCUGGGUUAAGAAAAUUUGGCUUCAUUAUCUUUGUUAUUUUAAAUAUAUCAAGAUAUUUUAAUUAAAAGUUUUUACCCCUUUGAACCAAUUUUAUAGUAUAAUUUGUACCUAUUUUGGUGGUUUUGUCUUUAUAGUAAAUAAAAGAUUUUGGACAAAACUUGUCCUUUUUUGAAUGCAA